AUGGCAUUCCAGGCAGCAACUGGUCUUUCUGAACAUUCCCACCAUCUCAAUGUUAUCUUCGUCGCGGUGACGGGGUUGAUGACCUUACUAUCGACAUGCUUGGUAGUUCUCCGAUUUAUCUCACGCUCCCUCACACUCUCCAUAAAAUUGGAUGACUGGUUCUGUCUUCUUGCUCUGAUAUUUUCCUAUGCGCUCCUAUGCACCACUGCUCUCGUCACAACCGUGGGGCAUGCGGGCAUCCACAUCACUCAGUACAAGGACCCCCUUGUGCUAGAAAGAUACUUCCAGAUUACAUUAGCCGAUAUGGUGAUCUACAACGUCAGUGUUGGAUUGACCAAAAUAUCUAUAUUACUCUUCUAUCGGCGAAUUUUCUCCGUCAACAAGGCUUUCCUGUUUUGCAAUUGGGUGGUCACCGGCCUCUCCGCAGGGGCCUGUAUAGCCGCAGUCUCCGGGCUCAUCUUCUCCACGAACCCUGUAGAUGCACAGUGGAAAUUCUGGGAGCCCAGCACGACAAUCCACAACAAGAGCUUCUGGAUUGCUAUGGGUGCAGUCAACAUCCUUCUUGAUGUAAUUAUUCUGAUCCUGCCACAACCGGUAGUCUGGCGAUUGAAGCAGACACGCCGGUGUCGAAUUCUGCUUUCUCUGGUCUUCAGUGUAGGUGGAUUCGUCUGCGUGACCAGUAUUGUACGGCUUGUUUAUAUGGCCACGAUUGAUGUAUCCGAUUUGACAUACACUUUCACUGUCCCCGGUAUUUGGACCACAGUCGAAACAAACAUGAGCAUCAUUUGUGCUUGCCUCCCAAUGAUCCCAAGCUUGGUCCAGCAUAUCCGUGAACCUCGAUCGACUAAGGGGACGAGCACAGGCUGGAGUGGCAUUACACGCCUCCGCCCUUUUCACAGUUGGAAGUCUGGCUUUGGUGCUCUUGGCUCCGUUCGAUACCACGCUGUCGGUUCCAGACAUGAACUCUACAAUGACAUCGAAGCGGCGAGCCCCAAGAGGGCCAACAAUUAUUGGGGUGAUGUGGCCCAAGUCCAUGCAUAUACGAAAUUGCAGGGGUAUUAA